UCUCUAUAUAUAUAUACAGAUACAUACUUAUCUUCAAAUUGAAAGUUAAUAUCAUGACGCUAUUUCUCUUUCUAGUUAUAAUCUUGUGUGUAGCAUGUUGCAACAUUGGUGCAAGUAGCAAAACUCUAUUAGAUGAGCAAUAUCAUUCUACUGUAUCAAAUAACAUCAUAUUGCAUCAAGUGGACAAUGAUUUUGAUUGUGUUGAUAUCUAUAAGCAACCUGCUCUUCAACAUCCCUUGCUAAAAAACCACAAAAUUCAGCUUUACCCAACUUUCGUAAAGAAUAUUGUGCGAAUUAGACAAUCAUAUAGAAAAACCGUGAAUGAAUGUCCAACGGGAAAAGUGCCUAUUUAUAAGAGGACAAGAAAACAUCAAAUUGUUACUAAUUCAUCAAAUUUACAAAUUGAAGACUUCCGACAUUAUUCUCAAAGUUCUCCUGGCUAUCAUACGGUUACCCUUGAUACAACGCAAAAUAUGACAUUUCAUGGAGCAUAUGCAUUCAUAGGUGUGUAUAAUCUAUCACUUCAACAAAAUCAAUAUAGUGCAUCUUCAAUUUGGGUUGAAAGUGGCCCAGAAAUACAACGUAAUAGCAUUCGAGUUGGAGCUGAGGUUCAUCCAAGUUUAUAUGGAGACAGUCAACUACGUAUAACUGGUUAUUGGACGGUGGAUGGUCAAAAAAACAAUGGAUGUUACAAUUAUGAUUGUUCAGGUUUUGUACAAGUCAACCAAAUGAAAAAUUGUACUCUCGGAGUUCCCAUUGAUAUCAAAACUGGCAUUGGAUCAACUAAAAAAGAAUUUAUGGGUUUCAGAAUCCAACAGGAUCGAUCUACAGGCAAUUGGUGGUUAUCGUUUGUACCUGAACCAGUUUUUAUUAUUGGAUAUUGGCCAAAACAAUUAUUCACUCAUUUAAGUACAGGCGCAUCAUUGAUUAGAUUUGGAGGUCAAACAUAUGCUCCACCUAAUAUGGAUAGUCCCCCAAUGGGUAGUGGGAGAUUGCCUAAAGAAAAAUACAAAAACUCGGGUUUCAUGGGAUCACUUCAAAUUAUUGAUUCAGAUUAUAACCAAAAUGAUGUAAAACCUAAAGAUAUGAAGCGAUAUAGUGACACUGACUCAAAUUGUUAUGAUUUGUGGUACCAUGGUGAUGAAGGACCUUUCUGGCGGCAAGCUUUUCUUUAUGGUGGACCAGGUGGAAAAUGUAGUAUAUGAUUGUAUCAAUAAGUUUAUUUAAUAAAAUGUUGAUUCACCCUUAAUAUAAA